CCAACCAAGCCUUGUUUUUCUAUCGGUAUAAGUAAAAACAAAGCAUUGGAUGGAAGAAGUGUAUUGAAGAGAUGGGCGGUCGGUCCUCAAAACGACGGAGGACUCCUUCCCCACCACCGCCUCCUCCCCCUCCACCUCCGCCGCCUCCUCCCCCACCGCCGCCGCCUCCUCCCCCCACCUCCUCACCCUCCCCCCACCCGCCGCCCCCCUCCCCCACCGCCGCUUCCACACAACCAUGAAGCUAUUUUGAGAGAUGCUGACUCACCCAUCAACAAAUCCUCAGUGGAAAACCUUCUUGAACAGCUCCGUGCUGGAAUAAUCUUAAACCAAAAGAGAAAGAAGUAUUGGGUUGACAAGAAGUCCAACAACUGCUUUAUGGUGUAUGCUAGGGAUCUCUCGAUCUCUUGGGCUGAAGACGAUCGUAACUGGCUCUGGCCCUCCCUGCAAGAAACCAGUGGUGUCUUCAUUGAUGCUGCUGAAAUGAUUAAUGAAUGUUGGCUAGAAGUGCAUGGACAAUUUGAGACUACAAAGCUGUCACCAGGAACUCUGUAUGAAGUUGCGUUUGUGGUCAAGCUGAAGGCUUCAGCUGAAGGAUGGGAUGUUCCAGUGAAUGUCAGUCUCACUCUUCCAGAUGAUAGCAAACAAUGGCAUGAAGUUAAGUUGAAGGAAAUCCCAAGAGAGCAAUGGAUAGAUAUUUCGGUUGGCGAGUUUAGAGCAUCACCGGAAAUACCUGGGGACAUGGAGUUUUCGAUGUAUGAAUAUGAUAGUGGGAAAUGGAAUAGAGGACUUGUUAUCAAGGGUGUUAUCAUUCGGCCUAAAAAUUAAGUUGCAGAAUACUCAGCUUUGCUUAUGAGCAGAGAGAUGAUUUUCUGGGUUUUUCAUAUGAAGACAGAUCUGAGAGAAUUGCCUAUGUAAGAAAUAAUAAGAACAGAAUAAUGAAACAAUGAUACAACUUCCAUUUCUGCUUCAAUUA